AUGGAGAUACCCUGGUUUUUCAUUGCCACUUAUCUGUUGCUACGAAAUCCGGUAACUGGUGUCCAGGGCCUCGACAAUUCUACCUUCCAUUGCGAUGUCGACGCACGCUGUGACUGUUCACCAAAAGGAUUAUGGGAUACUAGAUGUCAGCUGAAUGGUUCUACAGGGUCACCAAAUCCUAUGGUGCUCUUCGAAUCCUUGUAAGUUACACGGCCUUGUGUGAACUGUUACUCUUAAGAACAUUGAUAGUAAAAAAUAAAAAACUUGAUGCAAUUACCUGAAUGACUGUAUGAGCCAGAGAGUGGAAGAGGUUUACACCUGCAGAAUUUCCUUUUUUUUUCUUCAAAUCUAAUUCUUGAUGGUGCAAAGUAUAUGCAACACGCUAGGAGGUGCUCGUCGAGAGAACAUUCUUCUCCCUGAAAAAUUUCUCAGUCAGAGCAAAUCUUAGUUGUCAUCGAUCGUAUGUAUCAUAUUUGUCACGGAGGUUCUACUUAAGAGCACAUUCACUGGCCAAAUGUUUACAAUAAAAAUCGUUAAGAAUUUUUAUAAAAACAGUUAGUGUAUUUGCGUGGUUGGGAAUCCCUUUGCGAUAGAGGGCCAGACUGCACUGCUUUGAUCUUGAAUUUGCAGACGGAACUUUAAAUGUGCUUAAAAUUGUAUAAGAUGAUAUGAUGCAUGUCUCGGCUGAGGCGAAACGAUGCUUCAUAUCGCCCGCGCUGUUUAUCCAAAAUUUACUUUUUAAACUACACCUUAACCACCCCAAACCUUACAUUAUCUCUUAGGGAUUUGUCGAGGAACGACCUACAGGACAUACCCACAGACUUUCUGGUGAAUCAAACUCAUUUAGUGAACCUGUAAGUACUUGACGAAAGAAAACGAAAAGAAAAAAAAGCAGAAAAGAGAAAUUUUCAGAAGAGUGUGGGGGAAGUAUAGGUUUACAUUUGUGCCUUCAACUGCACCCUAUGUUUUUUUUUUCUAGAAAACUUGUUGCACCCUCGCAAUCAAUAGGAUGCAAAAAUGUAGCAGAGCUAAACCAAGAUUCUUUUCUUGGUUACCCGUGUUUUACCGCACUUAAGGUCGUUAUCACAUGACUUAAAGUCUCUUUGGCUUCCUAUAAUUUUUAUUUUUGUCCUUUACUUUUGCUUUGGUUCUACGACAAUCAUCUAAGAGCGCCGUAGCCGUAUUCCGUUUCUCUCGAACGCGUCCACAGUUGAUAAGAGUUGUGCAUCUCAGUCCUCAUUUCUUUACCUGAAGGAUAAGGAAAAACGCUCAUGUCUUUUUUAAUUUGAACUAUGAGUGUCUCGCCCAAAAAAAUAGUAAUGGCGAAUAAUGAUAGUGAUGAUAAUGAUAACAAUAUUAUUUGUUUUGGUUUUAGGUCGUUAGCUUACAAUCAGAUAUCCGUUAUCAAAGAUGGUGCUUUUGGAAGGUUAUUCAAUGUAACUUUUCUGUGAGUAUAUAUAUUGUCUCAAUUUCAGGGCUUUUUUAAUAUGCUAAUUGUAAAUGAUUGGAUACCAAUGUUUUUUCUUAAAAUGAGAUAUAACAGAAAAGGCAAUUGCUUGAAUAAACUUGAAAUAUGAAAGGCAGAAGAUUAAGCUUUUAAAUUUUCCAUUGUUCAAUGCCAUAUUGGAAAAAUGUAUUUCUUUUCACUGAACUUACCUUCGUGCAGUCACCACAACUUCGUGUUAGAGACGAGGUUGAUUAAUUUUAAAUCUAUGUAACCUCUUUCAGAGUCUGUCACGUUCCUGCUGCUAAAUCUACUACACAAAUAUAUAAAUGCUGUGAUUGGUCAACGAGGGCUUUUCAAUUCCCACGGCUUUCAUUUUCAACUAUUGAUGUUGAAAACUGGUGCACUUGUAUUGUUAAAAAAACGAACAUAUUUCGAACAAAAACUAGUGUAAGCUUUGAAUAUAAGUAUAUUUGCACUGAAACGUAACCUAUUUUAUAUUAAAAAUUUGGACUUCUGGCCGGGGGGAAGCAGAAGGAAAGGGUGUGGAGGGGGGGGUGCUCACCAGAGAACGGAACUUAUGCGAAACCUGAAACUCUAGAAGGGCCCAUGUAAGUGUAUUUACAAUAGUUUGGUUUGUCAAAGUACUUAGCAUGGCACAUGUAAAUGUAGAUUCUACGUUUUUUUUUAUUUAUGACAAUUCCUUUGACAUUUCAGAGAUUUAAGCUUUAACCCACUUCACAAAUGGGAAGGUAACGUCAUCAGCCAGCUUCCAAACCUCAAGACCUUAGUCGUGACCGGGAGUGUCUGGACACCAGAUAGUAACAUCUUGAAAAUUCCAUCUCUCGUAACUGUUUUGGGUGUAACCUGGAGCGACAAAUGCGCGAAUUGUACAUUGUUCAAGGCAGAGGUACCUUUUUCAUUAGCACCAAACGUGGAUCACAAUGAUGAAAGACCAACAAAGAAAUUUUUCGAGCAUGGAUAUUUGAUAUUUUGUCUACAUAAGAGCUGUUCUGCCCUGGCGAUCAAACACCCCAAGCACGACGAAAACAUUAAGACUAUCGACCUUCCGAAGAAACUAUUCUACAGUUCGUAUGUGAUGGGAGCAGUUGCCAUACUACUCAACUUGAUAGUCCUAAUUACUAUCAUUCUUGCGAGAUCUCUUCGCAAAACAACAUCCAUGUUGUUGAUUUUCAACAUGGCGCUAUGUGACUUGUUAAUUGGGAUUUACUCCAUAAUCAUUGGCAAUUUGAACAUUUUCAGUUUUCUCUCCAGUGUUCAGCUUGAGAAGAAAGUCGAGAAGCUUGUUUUUGGGGAUGGAAUUCUCUGUCCGCUUGCUACUGCCAUAUUUACCUCAGCCGAAUGUGUUGCAGCAGCUACUUCUCUUCUAUUAACUGUGGAAAAGUAUUGUUCAAUAGUACACUGCAUGAAUCCCGACAGACGUUUGGGGAAAAAGGUGGCUACGAUGUGUUUGGUGUUUUGCUGGGUUCUAUCGCUCGCAUACGCCAUUUCUCCUGAGUUUCACUUUCUCAAUCUCUCUUAUAGCGCAACAAUGAUGUGCAGCUUCCCAGUGGCGGGACGAGACACAUUUCUUAUCUGCUUGUGCGUUCUCGUGGCAUUUUACAUCGCUAAUAUCCCGCUAUACGUGCGGAUAUUUCUAUUUGUUCGCCACUCAGGUUCUCAAUUGGGGGUGAAAAGGGAAGCCACCAUCCUCAAGAAAAUUGCCCUUGUUGUUGGAAGCAAUUUUAUCUUACUUUUAACACCAAUGAUUUUGAUCAUUACCUUUGUACCCGUUGAAGAUAUCCACGAUAAGAUUAAACUGAGGAGUGACCGCCAUAAUCAGAUUCUGUUUGUGUUCGGAUUUUGGUUUCCCAUUGCUUGUCUUGGCCUAAACUCCUGCAUAAAUCCAAUUCUGGGUGCUUUUAGGCAAGGAGUGUUCUUGAAACAGAUCAAAAAUGUCUUCAAAUGGAUCAGAAUUCCUCCGUCCUUUGGUGCUCUCCGAAGACAAGGAACUAACAGAUCGCAGUCACAAUUGAGCACUGCUUCAUCUCAGAUAGUUCUUUACAAAGUUACUCAGCUCAGCAGUGUGUGA